AUGGCAUUGCCUCUUCCGCCGGGGCUCACGCCUCCAGAGAUCGCGUUUCUGUGCGAAAUGGAACUCGUGACUGUCAUCCCGCGCCAGAGACUCGAAGGUCUGGAGCUGCUUGGAGGACCUCUAAAACCUCUCAAUCCGCCCCAGAGAAGUAACAUCCCCCUCUGGCUCGCCCUUCUCCUUAAACGCCAACGCCGCGCCAAUAUUCUCCCUCCACCAUGGCUGAACACACACUCCCUCACCGCAAUCCUCGACCACGAGACCGAGCAUGCAGAUACGUUCUCUCCGCCACCGCGACUACCGCCGCAGCCUUCAGACAACACGCUUCCUGUUUCACCUCCAUUCCUUCCCACAUCUACAGCAGACGCAGCACCAGAUGCGUUGCCAUAUCACUGGUUGGAGCUAGGCGAAAUGCUGCUGGAAGCUGCAGCAGAUGACUUCGAAGAGCCAGAUCAGGUUCGCAAGCUGCUCAGAGGACUACGAGAAGUGCGCAUGGCGAAGCUACGGAGCGGUGUGGAAGUACUGGACGCAGGCGGUGGAGUCAAGAUGAAUGGUGUUGGGGGCAUGGAAGUGGGAGAGGGAAGGGCAUUUGUCAUAGGCGUGAUAGAUGGCUUGAGGAAAAUCGGAGCGUCUCGCGAGCAACAACGCAAAGACCGAGACGCAGAAGAGGCCGAGAACGGCUACUCUGGUCCUGCCGGAGAUUACGACGAUGACGAGAUGGAUAUGCAAUGA